AUGAUAGGAUUGAUAAUAGCUUUAUUAGCAGCUGUGUUCACUGCGAAACUAGCCAAGCGUAAAGAGAAAAGAAAGAACGACGAGCUCUUAAGGAAAGAAGAGGAAGACUCAUCUGAAGGGUCUAGUGUGCUGCAUUCAUUAAGUAUUAAUGCGACAAAAACGAGGAAUAAAAAUCAGCCAAACUUGUUUAAACAGGAAGCUAAUCAAUACUCUGCUUUCCGGCGAGAAUCAGGGUCCAUAGCUACUAUAUUCACGUCUUCAAGACAAGAUACCUUGACGGAAUCAGAAGCUGAAGAAGAUGAGAAGCCUUAUUUUGACGUUGUUACGAACAAUUACCUUCAACGCACUUUAACUAACGAAACCAUGGUCAAUCCUAGUGAAGACGACGGCGAAUCUGUUUUAAUAGACGUGGACUGGAAAAAGGGCAAAUCUCAAUUAUCCCCAACUUAUACUAGGGAUAGCAAUUUCGUCAUCCCUAAAUUCAAAAAUAACGUCAAAAUUGGUGACAAGAGUCCCUCUGGCGCAGAUAAAAGGAACACUAUUAUAGGAACCAAACUCAAGAGCUUUUUGAAGCGUAAAACAGUUAAACAAUAUGAAGAAGAUAAGAAAUUGAAAACUGAACGAAGAAAGGAACGGAAAAAAGCCCGUAGUGCUAAAAAGGAGUCUGGAAAGGAAGAGCUGAAAUUUAUAUAUUCACCUCAAGAUAUUACAAGAAUUUCAGUAGAAAAUUCAAAAAAGAUAUGGAAUUUACUUAAUGGAAGUGAUUCCUCAUAG